AUGCAGGUGACCUGGCGACAGCCGAAUCCGGGUCUUCGGCUGCCGACGGCGCUGAUUUUCAGCCUGCUGUUGUGUGUGCCCGCAGAACGAGUCCACGAGGUGCUGAGAGAAUUUCCCAGCUGCUCGGGGGGAACCAUUCAUUUGGAUGGCCUGUACCGGACGUCCUACGUGGAGUUCCCGGAAGACUGCGAACUCAUCGGCGCGCGGGGCACCGAAGUGGUCCUCGACGGCUCCGUGCACUUUCUCAGGAAUGCAACUCUCCACGGGUCCAUCGCCUUCCGCGGCGGAGGCGCAGAGCGGUGUGUGGACGUCGAAGGGUCUCUGGACUUUGUGGACCCAGACAUCGAGUUCACAGACUGCGGUGGCAGCAAGGUGGACGAUGGAGGUGCUUUGUACGUGGAGCACUCGCUAAACAUCCACAACGGGAACAUCACGUUCCGCAACAGCACUGCCACAGACGGGGGCUGCCUCUUCGUGGGCCAGGAUCUUCAGAUGCACGGGGGCUCCAUGCGCUUUGAGGGCUGUCAGGCCCGAGACUGUGGAGGAGCCCUUUACGUGAUGAACGGGACGCUGAGUCAGUCUGGCGGACAGAUGCUUUUUCGCAACUGCGCUGCUGUGGAAUCAGGAGGGGCGAUCUACAGUCAGGGAGCUGUGAUGCAGAAGGAGGAGCUCAGAUGGUGGGAGGUGACGCGCUUGGUGCGGAAGAUCGCGCUGGCCUUGCUUUGCUCUGCUUAUCCCGUGACCCUGCACCCGUUCACGCUCAUGACUGGCAUGGGUUUGGUACUGGUCAUUGCUUUGGUGCUGGAGUUGAAGUACGAGCCCUACAAGGCGGAAGCUUGGAACCGCUCUGAGCAUUGGCUGCUAAUGACCUCAAUGAUCCUGGUGCUGAUAACGAUUUACCAGCACAGCAUUGAGCUGACAUGGUCUCACUCUGUACAAGAGACUUCGCAAGUUCUGUGUGUGAUCCUGAGUUUGGUCUUCGUACCAGCCUACGCGCAGCUAUACCUCGAGGUGAAGAGCGCUCGCGACGCCCUGGGCACCGCAGCCUUGGAUCCCGACGGCGCUGGCGCCCGGAGCUCUGGGCUCCUCUCCAAGUCUUUGCGAAACGAAGAGAAGCUCACGCGCAUCACCGAGCUUCAGCGUGGCGCCCAUGCCGCCUCCUUGCGGGCGCUUCUGGUGAGUGUCACCUUUGGCAGGCAGCGGCUGCAAGGCUUGGUGCAGGACAUCUUGAGCUGUUGUAUGGAGCGGUUGCUGCCCUCCAUCCACGAGCAUCAGGUUGCGGCGGCCACUUCUGCGCCGCCCCCCCGGGACGCGCCGGCCAGGUCCAAUGUCAAACCUCGGCGGCAACUGGAAGAUGCCGCGGAAGCGCCGCCCGUGGUGGGGGACAUGGUUUGCGUGCAGGGUCUCAACUCUGCGGCGCAGUACAACGAUCAGAACGGCACCGUGAAGAGCGUCAGGCCUGAUGGCCGUAUCGAGAUCGAGCUGGUCUUGGAGGGCGAAGGGGACAAGGUCUUGGCCGUGCGCCCGGAGAACCUGCGGCGCCUGUGCCCGCAGCAGCUGCCGAGCCAAUGCUCUGGGCUGCUGGGCCAAGGUGAGGCGCUCGUCCUGGACGAGUGGGAUCCUAGGGCCGCGGAGUCCGACGACACUGAGGCGGAGGUCCGGCCAGGACAUUGCGCCGAUGUGCUUCUGAAGGCGACGAGGCCUGACGACGAGCGGCAGGAUCGGAACAGGCCUCCCAGCCGGAGCUUGGCGACGAAUACGCGGGAUAAAGGCGCCAAACAACGGAUCUCGAGGGAUGCCAGAGUGCCGCCCUUUGUGAGGUGUCGCUUCAUGGACGAGGAUUGGCGGAUCUGUGCAGACCAGGUGGCGCCGCAUCUGCUGGAGAGUGGGGACUUCACCGUGGUAGCUGCCCUCGGCUGCCAGGGCGGCGGCCGCUCCACGGUACUGUCUACGCUGCUUUCCCCCUACUUCUACUCUGAGGGUGCAACGCCCUCGUACCACACCUUUAAGGUGCCGCUGGGCAUUCAUUCUGCUCAGUCCUUCCUCGAAGGCCAAGCUUCGCCAGCAGGGGUGGACCUUUGCAUCACCACGGAUCGGCUGGUGCUCCUUGAUGCCCAGCCUCUCUUCGACUCCAUCUCCGCUUCUCCGGAUGCGGAUCUCAGGAGCGAGUUGUUCCUCAACAUCUUUUUGGCCUCCAUUUGCCACACCAUCUUAGUGGUCACUGACACUGCAGUAGACAUGCAGCUCUGGCGCUUCAUGCGGCUCUUGGGGAGCCUCAAAUCGAAGGUGCCGGAUCUGGCCACAUGGCUCAAACAAGAGAAGCAGGCGCCCAAAGAGGAAACCAAGGAGGUGGCGCCGAACCUUCUGGUGGUGUUCAACAACAUGUCCCCAGACUCGGAGGGGGCACUAGAGGAACCAGUGCAAAGCUUCCUGCAGCGCACCGAGUGGAAGGCGGGGCCCAUCCGGUGCCUCACCGCACCACGACUGCCUGGGAGGAGCUUUCAAGAGAUGCUUUGCAGCGAGCAAGCGGCCGCUCUCGGGGCGCGUUUGCGGCAGAACCUCUUCCAGCAAGGUAAUUGCCAGGGAUGCUUCGGGCAUUCGCUUCAACUUACCGAGAAGCAGUGGCUGCACCAUGUCCUGGACUACUGGGACUUUGUGCAGAAGCACCCCGCAGUGCAGUCCUACUUUGAUGCUCUUAUGGCAGGCGCGCUCAGUGCACUAAGGCUUGGGGCGAGCGCAUGGCGCCAACGGCUGCUGCUGCAGGGCCGGGAGGUUGGGGAGGAGUCCUACGAGGAGCUGGGGUGCCCGGAGGAGAUCUCCGUGGUGGUUCUGCCCUAUUUCCAGGACAAGGCUGAUGAGCUGCGGUCUGCAGCUGCCAAAGGCAACACACUGCAGGUCAAGAAGCUUCUGCAGUGUCCUCAGGAUCCCAACACCGCUGGGGAGACAGACGAGACGCCAUUCACGCCGCUGCAGUGCGCGGCAGAGUGCGGGCACCUUGAAGUGGUGCAACUUCUGCUGCAGGCUUCAGCAUGCCCAGACGCACCGCGGCUGGCACCCCUGUGGUUCGCCAGCGCCCACGGGCACAUGGAGGUGGUGCAAUGCCUGCUGGACCACGGCGCUUCGAAGGACAAUGCCGAGCAGAGUGGAAGCACUGCCUUGCUGGUCGCAGCGGCAAAUGGAUGUCUGGAGGUAGUGCAGUGUUUGUUGGCCUACGGCGCCGACAAGGACAAGGCGGACCGCACGGGCAUCACGCCCCUGCGAGGAGCGGCUGCCCGGGGCCAUCUGGAGGUGGUGAGGUGCCUUUGUCAGGCAGGAGCUCAGCAAAAUCUCAUGGACCACGAGGGUCGAACACCGCUUUGGAUGUCCGCGAUGGUGGGACACUCUGCAGUGGCCCGAUUCUUGCUGCAGGCACGCGCAGACCCGGACCGGGCGGAUCUGGUCAGUGGGGACACCCCGUUGCGUAUCGCUGCGGCGCGGGGCCACGAGGAGAUUGUCAGCCUCUUGGUGGCGGCUAGGGCCGACUUGGACAGACCCAGCUUCCGAAGUCACAAAUCGCCUUUGCUCUCGGCGGUCAGCUGCGGAUGUACCGAGAUAGCCAAAUGCCUCAUUGAGGCGCGCGCAGACAAGGAGCAGCCCGGGUACCUGGGGCGGACGCCUUUGAUCGAAGCUGCCGGCCGUGGCGACGCCGAAAUGGUGCGCAUGCUGGUCCAGGCGGGCGCUGUGCUCUCCUCCCAGGACGAGCACGGCUCUACGGCUCUGCGGGUGUCAGCGGCGCUGGGACGCCAGGAGGUGGUUGCAGAGCUUCUGGCCGCCUGCGCGGACACGGACCUCUGCGACGACAGCGGGCGCUCGCCCUUGAGCGCAGCGGCGUCCUUCGGGCAACUGAGCGUGGUGCGACUCUUGCUGGAGGCCCGUGCCGAGAUGAGACAGGUGGAGAAGCCGAGUGGCGCCACUGCCUUGCACGUGGCUGCGGAGGCGGGGCACCUGGACGUGGUGCGGUGCUUGCUGGACUUCCGGGCCGACCCCCACAGCAAGGGCAGCCUGCCAAGCACCGACCACCCAGAGGUACAGCGCCUUCUCGCAUCUGUCGAGGCCCUGGAGGCCGACACGCAAGAGGCGAGCGCGCCAGUUGGUUCGUGA